UCUUCUUAACCCAAUGUUACUUCCAUUCCUUGACACAGGUCCCAUGCAGUUGGAAUGAAGCUGACGCAACGGCGGUGGUAAAUAUGGUAAUAAAAGUAAGGCACACAGUUAAAAAAGGUUUGUAACUUAUGGCAUAAGGGUUGCACUGAAGGACAAGUGUCUCCAGCUACUGCCGCCUCCCUUUCCAGUUGUCUUCACAUCUUCGACAGUUUCGUCUCUCUCUCUCUCUGGAUUUUGAACCGUCUCCCAGAUCCACAAUAGCCCUCGAUAAAGCUCAAGCUUCUCCUUAACAUUCCCCCCACACCCUCCUCCCUCUCUUCCUUUUUCCUUUGUAGGGUCCCUCGUCCACCCCCACUCCCACCAGUCUCUCUUCCCCUCAUUAUUAAUCUUCCUCUCCCACCCUCUUCGCCUCCUCAACUUCCGCCUCCAUUCCCUCUCUCUAUCUCUUCCUCUCGCUUCCUCUCGCAUGGCUGAGUCUCUAGCUGCUUCUGAUUUGUGGCUUCCCUCUGGGAAAGAAAGUCUGAGUAAGACAACUUCCUUUGAACCUCCUUGUUUGAGCUUCCCCUCUGAGUUUCCUUACGAGUUUGACUCGUUUGGUUCUAACUCUGACCUCAACUCGCCAGUGGAAUCGGUUGUGAGCUCUACGGACUCAACUGGCGGUAGUAGUGACGACGAUGAGUUUUUUGUGGGUUUGGCUCAGCAGUUUGCAUGGACGUCUCUCUGUGAAACUGAGAAAUCCACAUUUCCCUGCUUUAAUCCCAACAAAAUUCAGAAGAAGUAUGUGAAAACUGGUUCUCCUCAGUCGACUUUGAGUCGCAUAGACGCCUGGUUUCGCCCUGAAGGUCCUUCGUCUCAGCUAAAAUCGCCUCCCAUGGUGGUUUUUGGGGCUGAUAACGAUGCUAGAGUCCUCAUACAUGCAGCUUCAAGGGAGGCUGCGAGGUUAAAGAUGUACGGCCAAACGACCCCAUAUCAUAACAAUGGAUUUGCGGGCGCUCGAUCUUCCAUACCGGUUAAAUCCACAAGUAAUGUGGAGUAUGGGCUGUUCUCGACCCAGAACUGUGCUAGGAAUCUGGCAUUUUCCGCGCAGGUUCAGAAAGUGGGACAGGAUCUAGUACUACAGGCUCUUCGUGCCUCUGCUUGGGAAAGACAAGCCAAAGUCGGUUGGUCAGCCCAGCCUCACCGGAAGUCGGAGAUUCAAAACAGAGAGAGAAACAUCGUUAAUGUUACCAGCCGGAGCGGUGGAGGCACCGGCAGUUUGAACCACUGUCCUUGGAUUCCUCCGCCGCAUCAAAGUCAGCAUCCACCACCCAAUGCCUCCGCUAUGCGUUGUAUUCAUCCCGCCGGCGGAUCUGCCAUCAAAAGGGCUUCCUCCGGAACCGGCGUUUUCCUCCCUCGCAGACAUGUAAACCCAUCCGAGUGCCGCCAUAAACAAGGUAGCCCAGCCAUUAAUUUUACGGAGGAAAUGAAAAGCUCCAAUCAAGCCCCAUUCAACGGCUGGCUGUCAUCCAGCGUCGACUCCAGAAAGAAUCCCCUUCUGCCACUGCCAAGGAGUAGUAUCCGAGCAGAGGGAGCCGUAAAACAAGAACUUCACCUACCUCAGGAAUGGACAUACUGAUGAAGAACGAAGCAGAGAACACUGAAUCCAUUUGUUUUUGCAGGCGCUGGAUAAAGAAUCCAUUGAAGUAGCCAGAACAAUAUUAAUUUAUGAAGAAGGGCGGUCUUGGACGAAGAGAUUGAUGAAAAGGGUGUUCUUAGUUAGAUUGAAAAUGGCAGUAUAGGUUUAGAAUAAAGAAGGAAAGGAAGCAGUGGGUGAAGGAAGAAGAAGAAGAUGAAGAGGUUGAGAAGAAAAGGACAGGACAGAGAUAUGUUGUGUGUCCUACUAAUAAAUCUGUAAUUUUGUGCCAUAGUGAUUUUAGAUAUAUGUUCUUUUUUUGGGUGAGGGAAAAAUUAUAAAAAAAAUCCCCCUCUGCCUUGUAAUUUUGUUCAGUUAUUAAUCAUAUGCUUUAAUAAAUAAUAACAUAUAUUUGAUGUGU